CAUCUACCUUCCUCGAGGCUCGAGCAGGGCGUAGCCUGCGUGUGCGACUCUGUUUGGCACUGGAGACUGCAGCUUCCAGGCGUUCCCGUCUGAGCCCCAUAUUCUCAUCCAAGCCGACUUCGACUCGAGCUCUGGGACUGCGGUUCCUCUGAGCAAGAAAUGGCCCACGGAUCAGCGCAGGAUGAAGAAGGAAGCACACCACCUCUAUGUCCUAACUCGCCUGCUCUCAUAAAUACCUUGCCGACGGAGCUCCUGAGGCCCAUUCUUCUCUACGCUUGUUCCGACGAAUCCUUGAUUCUCCCACCUACGCGCGAAGCAUACCCUCGACGUUAUGCGAGGAUCCACUUGCACCCUCCUGCGCUUAUAAUGAGCUGGGUGUGCCAGCUAUGGGCCGACAUUGCUGUGACCGAUGCCGAGUUCUGGACGCCGCCUAUCCGCAUAGAUUUCUACAAUUUCGAGGCGGAUACCGAAGGAUACUCUACGAAUGAGCAUCUUGCAUACAAACUGCUGGAGAGAAGAGAGGACCUCAUCUCGCGAUCUUUAUCCCUCCUACAGUGCUACCUCACACGCUCCAGGUUGGCACCGCUGCAUGUUGAGCUGCAGGCCUUGUUGUACCACGAAGGAUACUGGGAGGAAAUCGUCGGGAAGAUCGUGCGCUUGGUUUUCACCACAUUCGCCCGGUGGAAGACAUGCGUGAUGCCUGCCUUUCUCGCGCAUGUCGUCCCCGAGCUCGCCCCCGGCGUCAUACCCGAGCUCCUCGAGCAUGUGGAGGUCCGACACACCUGGCACGACAUCAGCGUAGAGAGCUUCAGCAAUGCGCCGCGCUUGCAUAGCUGGACGGGUCCGGUCGCGAACUCCGCCGGCACGCUGCCAUGGGCGCAGCUCACCGAGCUGCGCGUGCACGACUUCACGUCGAUGGUCGCCGUCACCGAUAUCCUCGCGAGCUGCCGCCGACUUGUCACUCUCGAGGUCUGCGUCGGGCAGCAGGGGAACGAGCCGGGUGGCUCCGUUCACGAGGUCCCGUGCUUGGAGGACGUGACAUUCGUGAUGGACUCCCCGCAGGUCCUCGUUCACCUCCUGUCGACUCUCAUUCUUCCGAGGCUGCGGCGCCUGUGCCUCCACGGUGUCGGUCUUGCUGGGCGCCGGACGCUCCUGGAGGAGGCCUACGGGCGACUCCGGUUGGAUGCGUGGCCGAUGCGUGAGUUCGACGCCUUCCUAGUUCGUUCGCAAUGCACUAUCACCGCGCUCAAGUUGAAGACCAUCAUCAUACCCAUCAACGACUUCCUCGGCAUGCUGGAGCGCCUUCCGUCCAUCUCGGACUUCGUCCUGGAGGAAGAGUCGUCGGUGCGGGAGGAUGUAUUGGGCAUGAUUCCGGGGUCGUCCGUUACUGACGAUCUGCUGCAUCGGAUGACCGCUGUAAAGGGAGGCCCACCACCCCUGCUGCCGUGUCUGACGAGGUGGACCAUCGAAGGGAUCCUACACUUCAGUCACCAGGCGCUCGUCGACAUGGUCAAGUCGCGGACUCAUCCACGGCUGGAGUACCUCUCGAUAAAUGCUGCAGACGGGUCGGUACCGGACGAGAUGGAGGAUUCGACGAGGUCUUCACUGGAGGCAGCAAUGACUGAGGACGGCUUUUUGGGCUUCGAGUGUAAAGUGACAAGAGUACGUGCUUUCAGUAGUAUUGCGUAGAAAUUUCGAUCGCAGACGGAAGCGGAGACGGAAGAG